AUGGGCGCCGCGCAGUCAUCUCCCCAGGCCGACCACGUCGUCACACCGCAGGCCGAGGGCACAAGCGUAGAGUUCGCCCCCUCGCUGAUCUCGCGCCUCGCCACCCCCGCCUCUCCCUCGGCCCCCGCCACGGGCACCGACGAGCUGGUUCGCCGCCGCCUCGCCGCCGAGUCGGCCGCGCUGCGUACCAAGGAGGCUGAGAUUCUGUCGUCCAUCUCGUCCGCACUGGAGAAGGAAAACCUUGACAAGGACAAGGGUUUGUCAUCGGAGGUGCUCGGCCGCGACAUUGAGGAGGUCCGCGAAAAGGUUACCCGUAUGGCUGCCGAGCGUGCCAGCAAGGAGAGCCCCGAGCUGGUGGCCGCCAAGGAGGGUGUUGUGGCUUGUUAUGCGGCCAACCCCAACACUCCCCUCGACUGCUGGCAGGCCGUCGCUGCCUUCAAGGCCGAGGUGAACAAGCUCGAGACUGCGUUUGUCAAGAGCCUCCAAUAG